GCCUGCGGAUCGGAUCCAACAAUUUUCCCCACCAUAUCGGGAUAAGUAUACGCAGAGUCGUCGGACAGUCCAGCAGCGGUAGUUCUAGUGUGUGUGGACGUAUGUAUACAUUGGGGAGUGCGGCAGAGUUGUAGAGAGAUGAGCACCGGAGCAUAUGGUUUCGGGUACGGUGGGAGCGGCGGCAGAGGCAGCGGCAGAGAUGAUGAUGAAGAAGAAGAGAAGGGCAUAUUGUGGAAGCUGCCAGAGGUGAAGUCAAAGCAGUUGGGUAAGAUUGGCCCUGCUUUUGGUGUUGGAUUUGGCUGUGGUGUCGGUUUAGCCAUCGGCAUCAUUGGAGGUAUGGGUGUCGGUCCUGGAAUUCCUGGAUUACAGCUGGGUUUGGGAGCCGGAGCAGGCUGCGGACUUGGCCUGGGAUUUGGGUACGGAGUUGGAAGGGGUAUUGCUUUUGAUUACAACCGCCGAUACUCCAACGUCGCCAGGGAUGAAAUUGGUGCUCUGAUCAAUGAGCUUGUAAUAAACACCAAAAAGCUAGUCAAAGCUACUUCCACAGAGGUGGAUAAAUGGAGACGACAAUAAGUUUGCACAAACUCGCUGCUCUUGGUUCUUGGUUUUAGACUUUGCUCUUUUGUGAAUGAUCUGAACGUGUGGAGGAGAUUGGGUUGUAAAUCAUUUGCUGGUAGCAUGUGAAACUCAAAAAUGGAAGAAUAGGUAUACAAGGGAAUAGGUUGCAAAAAGAGUCUCUAUACAGUCUUUGACCUCAACAAUUAUGCUGAAAGCCUCAUAGUGCAAUAAAGAAAGCCUCAAGUGAGAGAUUGGGAGCAACCUUUCUAUGUUAAUAUAAUAAUUGUAGUGAUUAUUAUUAUAUUGAAGUAGCUUUCUUGUAAAUAUUGAAUCAGUAGCUUGACAUGCUACUGCAAUGUCCUAGUGAGACUUGAAUUGAGAUUCUUUCUUUCAAGGGUUCUGCAGGUUCAGUUUUUCCUUC